CGUUACAACGCGCAAGGUCGAUUUAGCAAUUCGAGCAGCGCGAGCUGAAGUAAAGCACUCGCUCUCCACUUCUUUUUCCUCCUCCUUCUUUCAAGAACCUGGAGUGGCCUCGAACGACCUUCCAUCAUGGAUUUCGCCGACGUUUUCGGCAAACUCUCUCACUGUCGGCGACAGUGAUCGUUCAUCGCGUACCACAUUCGUCACCAGCUCUUCGCUGAUCGCGCGGAAUUGAAGAUUCGUUAGAUUCUGAACGGACCAUUGUACUCUCGGGACAGCGGGACCGCAAGCGCGGGGAAAUAAUCGCGCCGCGUUACGUCAGACAGUAACGCUCAUUGAAAUCCGAUUGUUCGCUGCAAGUCACUUUGCCUUGUUUGUCGCAUAUAUUAUAUGCGCUCGCGCGGUCCGGCACGAGGGAUCCGGCCGUUUCGACCUACACUUUAAUUCCAGCUGUUCCACCUAUCUCCUCGUCGCUCCGUUCCCCAGUGCACACCGUAAAAAGGCGCAUAGCGCGAGUCGCUCCACGGAACAACGUACCCGCGAAGUACGGUCGUGCACCGUGAGAAACGCCAUUCGGUCGCGGCAGCUACUCCCCAUAGGAAACUUUCGAACCAUGCGGAGAAGCUUCGCGCAAUAAUGAUCCUCAAUUGAGAGAUCAAGAUGCGUAAUCUCGCAAUGAAAAAUUAUACCCGCAUCGAUGAUUGAUUAUCGAGAAACGGUGAUCGCGCCGCGGAUGAUGGUCACCCUGCGUUAGCGACAAUUAUUCAUGCCAGGUGCGUCUACUACGUCAUUCCGUGUUGCUGAUUCCAGUGACUCUAAUUGCUAACGCUUACGCGCGCACGGAAAUCAGUUCUCCUGCGGCCGUACGCUCGCGGUGUUUUUCUCAUUGCCGUCAUUACGUCGGCCGUUGCUUAAACCGCGCCGAGCCAUUGCGCGAGGAGCCCGAUCGGGCAGCCGGCCCGAAUCGCUCUUCCUUUUACGAUCUGGCCCUAGGGCUGCACUGUAUGUAAAUUUCCUCUACCUGCUUCUAAUUCGUCGAUAUCCGGCGUCCCACGCGUCGCGGGCAAAAUGUAACGAAGAAAUUGUCGUGUAGCAAUCCACCCACGUCGCGAUCGAUUCACGUCGUCCCUUCGCAUUCAGUCGAACAAUGACAACGGUGCGUCAUCGCUCCAGCGUUAUUCGAAACGUAGGACAGCGCAUUUAGAAAACUAAUUAUCUCGGGCCAAGGGCCUUGCGUCCUUCGAUGGUAUCGUCUUCUUCUACACUGACUGACUCUUUUGUAAGUCUAAUAUAAAUUUUGAGAAAAAAGAGCAGAAAAACAAAGAGAUAUUUUGCAGUUGCCUCACUCAGUUCUGGAUAUGUCUGACAUUUCAUCACAGCAUGCGAUUAACAAUUAUUGGUACAUCGAGAAUUCUGCCCAACGCGGUCAACACUGUUGCGCCAGCGAUAUUCGGAGCUAAACGCCGGCUUCGCAAUUAUAUCACACGUGUCUCUGUACGGACGCGUGUUGUGGCAAUGCCCCGUCCGUCGAGUAACUUGCUUUGGUUGGAUGCAGUCUCGCGUGUUACGGGUUUCUUAAAAUAGCAGCUCGGUGCUCCCUCGAAUCUUCACGAAUACACUUUCCUCAGCACGUGCCGAACACGGAGCAACGUCGUUUGUAGAUAUCGCACGUGACGAGUCUGCGAAUGUCUUCUCCUGGGACUCUCCUUGGAGGUUCCACCCUCGCGUCGCAACACUGCAAUCAUGCAAAACAGAGGCGGUGACAGCGGUGUGAUUCUUCUCGACAGGUUCGCGAUACGAGGCUCGAAUUAAAAAGCGAAGCAGAGGCUGUACUUCAGAGAAGUCUUGGGAAAAAUGCGCCUAUUAUGACAGGGCUCGCCGUGCAUGCUCAUUUUUGCGAAUUCAUGCUGUAAACUGAAACCGGACUGAGAGCCACUCGAAUAACACCUUCUCCGGGUCUCUACCAGCACUCUCCCUUCUCAGGAAACCUAUAUAUAAACGCUUCUACGUUAUUCCUUUUCCUCCGCUUUAAAGCACGAAGCUUUCGAAAGCGCGGGAGCUUCGCACGAGCAAAGGAUAGCUGCAUAUACUUAAAGCAAAUCAUUGAGUCAAGUAUUUCUCGGAAAUGACUCUCGAUUGCGCGCUCGCGUUACGCUACCAUGGCUUGAGUGCCGUGGCCUCUCAAGAGGAAGCUUGCGCACCAUUUAAUUCCAGAUAAUGGAUGCGUUUAUGUCAUUAGCUUUGAAUUUGAUUAAUGUGAAGGAAAGGUUUGGGCCGAAUAGACGCGCGCAUUGAAACUGGAGUUCUAGUCAAUCGCAAAUGGUAAAAUAAAUCUGAAAUUACGACUUUAGAUUCUACUUUGUUAAAGUACAUCCAGUUACGGAUGUACUUUAUCUAUUUCUGCUCGAAGCAGCACAGCACAGCAUUCAGCUAGGACACUUGGAGUUCCUAGCUCGUCAAGAUCUCCGAAAAAUCCAGUCUUCCCUCCGCGAAUCGCAUCAUUGAUUCGCGAUCGCUGCGGAAACGGAUCGGCCUACUGGCCGAGUGUUCGCCGUCUGCAUAAAUCGCACUGGAAGGACGCCGAAGUAACCGAACGAACGUAUGGUCGGCCGAUCGACCAUUGAGGGACAGAGAGGGGACACCUGCGUGAUGGGAACGAGUGACGAGGACGGAGGACGGUACAUGGGGAGCGCGCGGGAGAAUUACGUUUCGUGAUGGAGAGAAAGAACUCCCGGGCGGCUCUCGUGGGCACACGCCUCUCUCGUUCUCCUCAGCUCUCCUCGACGAAAGAGAGACCUGUCUCCGUCUCGAAGCACCAGCGUUGCCUCAGUCGGCACUCGCGGGAGACCCGUGAUGCUCCUCGUGAUCGAGUCCUGCCCUCGUGAUCGUCGUCGCCGCCGCCGCCGUCCCGAACCAUGAGAGGAACUCGCGGAGGAAGUCGCGUCUCGGCUUUCGCGGAUGCAAGCCACUCGCUGAAACGCUCCGCGAGGAAAAUCGGGGGAACCGUGCCGGAAAAUCUGUAGAACGCGCGCAAUGACAUUUGCGUCUUUGUAAAUCGAACGGUCAAGUUUGACGACUGCCAGUAUUUGCUCGAUUACCGCUUUCGUUCGAUCAAAUCACAAGUGAAAAAAGUGAUUGGGUGUUCUCCGAUGAAGAGAAAAUUAAUAGAGUUUAUCUAUAUACGUAGAGUCUAAUCUCUACUUUUCUACGUCAGGAAGUUAUCGAAAGAGGAAGUUUUGAUAACAAAAGUAAAACACGGAUUUACAAAUGACAAGGGGAUCAAGUGAGACGUUACGCUGCGCAGUAUUACAAUCUAAAGUGAAUCCGGCUGGAAAUCUAGCAGUGUCGCAAUUAUUAGGUGUCUCGAAACAAAGAAAUAAUUCAUGACACGACGCUAUCGCACUAGGAUGCUUUAAUGAAGAAACUUACGGCUUCCGGUGAUCGGUGAAGAAUUCCAUACGUGUGAAUUCACAAGCUAACUUAGGAAAGUCAGAAGAGAGAGAAGCCACGCUAGUUUAGCGCUAAUUGCGUUGAGAAAGUGACAACGCGAAAUUCGUUUCCCUGAAGUGCGACCGAUGCUGAAGAUGCCGCGCGGCAGGGAUCAAGUCGACAAUAUGUCGCUCGCCGCGCAUCAUCUGCUUCACAGAUCCUGCAGAGGUAAGGCCCAUGCCAGCGGGAUAGCCAAACAGAACAGUCAUCGAGGAAUGUCCACGCAAAAGUCCCCGAGAUCUCCGCUGCGGGAUCGUCAUCCCUCGAGGCAACACGAGCCGUACGUUCCGAGCAACGGCGUUACUCCCAGACUCGACAGGAAGCACAGCAGAAAUAGCACGAGCUCAUGGGAAUGCAGCGACAGCGAUAGUAUGCACUCAUCCGAGAUCGGGCAGAACGGCUGCGUGGAAAAUCGAACGAUUAAUCGCGAUCGAGCGUCGAGCGGGAAAUCCGAUGCCAAAGAAAGGAUCCGAGGAUCCCACGGAAGCAAUCAGAGUUCGCCGUUACCGCGAGCCGCAAGAAACUUCAGAAAGGAAAGCUGGGCGGAUACUCUGCGCGCAGGAUGUGCGAAUGAUAAGAUCAAGAAAAUGGAAAGGGGCUGGGAUGACAGUAAUGUCAUCAGGACACCGAAGGAACGCAAGUGGCACAGAAUCACAGCGGAGAUAGAGCAAAGGGUACCGAACCCGGACAAUGGUCUUCGAAUGUACGGCUUGAAGAGCAGUUGGGCGAAUAACUCGAAGAAGAUAUUGAAGCGAAGUCGACCAGGUCACCAAAGAUGCGCGAAACCGAUUCAGGACAUUAUUGAGUGGGAAGAGUUGUUCGAGUUGGCCCUGGCCAGGAAGAUAAGGCGGAAAAUACGGGGAAAAGGGAACGGGACGAAGAUGGUGAAGAGUAUGAAGAAUGGUGGGGAAAGUCACGCAAAGGACGAAGAGGAGUGCAUGAAGCGACUCGAGGUUCUCCUGGAAAAUAGAGUGACGCCGCAAAUCGACGAGGCGCGAUCAGAAGAGCAUCUAGCGCAAGAACAAGCAUGGUUAACUUCCGAGAAGGUCUGGUUACUGCACCGCGGAGGCUUUACUCCCGCCACAAGAUGUGGUUCCGCCGAUCCGGACACAGGGAAGCUGAGGAUCCGCCUGACCACUUCUGGAGAGGAGUUGCUCGUAGACGAGGAAGAUGUCGAAAAGGCAAACCCACCCCAGUUCGACAAAGCCGAAGAGCUCCCUCAGUUGCGGUUCCUGAACGAAUCGUCCGUUCUCCACACGUUGAGGCAACGUUACGCCAGUAACUUGAUACACACGUAUGCAGGAGACAGCAUGAUCGUUAUCAAUCCGGUUGCACCAUUGGCGAUUUACUCUGAAAAGGUUGCGCACAUGUUCCGAGGUUGCAAGAGCGAGGACAUGCCGCCGCAUAUCUAUGCAAUAGCACAGUCGGCUUACAGAGGAAUGCUGGCGACACGCAGGGACCAUUCUCUGGUUUUCCUCGGGCGUAGUGGAGCGGGGAAAACUACAAACUUCAAGCACGCUCUUCAUUAUCUCGUGCUGGCUGCCGGCACGGUUAACAAGAUCCUAACGAUCGAGAAGCUGAACGCGUUGUUCACCGUCCUGGAAGCCUUCGGAAACAGCAGGACGCAUAUGAAUUCGAACGCGACGCGUUUCACGCAGCUCUUCAGCCUCGACUUCGACCAAUCGGGUCAGAUCGCAUCGGCCUCUCUACAAGUGCUGCUCUUGGAGAAGUCGAGGAUAGGUCGACGGGCGAACGGCGACCCGACCUUCCAUGCCGUUUACCGUCUGCUAGCGGGCGCGGAAGGUGCGUUGAGGAAAGAAUUACACCUAACGAAUCUAGUCGCCGAGAACAACCUCUUCGUGACGCCCCUGCAGAAGCAUGAAGACAAGCAACGGGCGAUGGUGGAGUUCAACCGUAUCGUCGCCGCGUUCAGGAUACUCGGCGUCUCCGAGGCCGACGAGAAAGUCAUCUGGCUGGUCCUGGCUGGUAUUUAUCACUUGAGCUGUGCCGGUGCUGUGAAAGCCGGCACCAGCUCGCAGAGCAGAUGGCAAUUCGCGAGGGUCGAGUGCGCGGAAAAAGCCGCCAAUCUGCUGGGCACCACCGUCGAGGAGUUGAGUCGAGUGGUGUUCUCUUCCAACGGAGGCGGUGCUGGCACACCAAGCACUCCGAGACCGGCACUGAGAACUCCUAGCCCGACGGAACAGGGCAAGGAUGUGACCGGUCUCGACGCGCUGGAAGGUCUGCUGGUCGGACUCUAUUCGGAGGUCUUCCAUUGUGUCGCGGCGCUUAUUAACAAAUCCAUAUCAUCCGCUGUACAUACAGUCUCAUCUCUGCUGCUAUGUGAUUCGCCAGGUUUUCAAAACCCUGCUUCGUGCGGCCGACAAACCGGUGCAACCUUCGAAGAUCUUUGCCACAAUUAUCUGCAGGAACGUCUGCAAUUACUGUUUCACCACACUACGUUGGUAGCCCCAAAGGAUAGAUACGUUCAGGAAGGCAUCGAUGUGGACUACGAGGAUGAUUACGACGAGGAUGGCAUCGGGUCGCCUCAAGGUUUGGUCUCCCUUCUGGAUCGCGGAAGCUCGCAAAGCGCGACGAUGCUGCGAACUAGUCAAAGCGAUCUUAGCGGCAGCAGGCAGAUGGAACGAAAGGGAUUACUCUGGCUGUUAGACGAGGAGACCGUGUGUCCCGGUGGUAGCGAUGAAACCUUCCUGGAUCGCUUGUUCUCUCAUUACGGAGACCGAGAUCACCAAAUGCUGCUGCGAAAAGCGCCGGGUAACAAUCAAUUCGUCUUACAACACUUGUUGGGAACGAAUCCGGUACUCUACACCGCGACCGGUUGGUUGAAAGCCACCCGCGAGAAUCCCGUCGCCAAGAGUGCCAUCACGAUCCUUCAAGAGAGCACAAGAGAACACGUAAGCAUGUUGUUCGUAAGCGCUCGAGGUGCCGGUGUUUCCGGUGCUUUGUGCAGCUCCAUGCCGGGACUGGAGGGCUCGCAAUCCCUGAGGCGAGCCUCGAGCAUACGAAGGACAUUCACGGCCGUAAAACGGAAGAACGUUUGCCUGCAAGUGAAAUUCACCGUAGACGGCCUCGUGGAGACAUUACGAAGAACUCGCGUGAAGUUUGUGCACUGCCUUCUGCCUCAGCAUAACGCCGGUUGCACUGACAAUAAGAGCCUGCUAUCAGUGAAAUCGAAUCAGAGCGAGGACAGCGUCAUUAAUGUGCCUCUUCUGCGAUCACAGAUUCGCGGUAGCCAGAUAAUAGACGCUAUCCGCCUACACAAGGUUGGAUUCCCGAAGCACAUGGGCCUAGGUGAAUUUAGACGUCGAUUCGGACUACUAUCAAGCGACGUAAACGCUCGUCCCGGAAGUCCCGUGACUGAUGAACGUCGUGCCGUGGAAGAUAUGCUGCUCACCGUGGACGUCGACCCUGCAUCCUAUCGAGUCGGUCAAAGUCAGAUAUUCUUCAGAUCAGGCACUCUGGAACGACUGGAAGCUCAGAGAGACGAAAAGCUCACUGGCCACAUCAUUCUGCUACAGGCGAGAUGCAGAGGCUAUCUGGCCCGCCGCAAACUCAAUACUUUGAAACUGCAAGAUCUUGCAGUGCGAUGCAUCCAGAGGAACGUGAGGAAGCUAAUGUCUGUGCGAGAAUGGCCUUGGUGGAGACUGUACGUGAAAGUCGCGCCCUUGUUGAACGUUCAUCGUACCGAAGAUCAGCUAAAGGCGCGAACGGAAGAGCUCGAGCUGCUCAGGGCAAAAGUGGAACGUCUGGAACAGGAGCGCAAUCACCUGAAGCACGACAACGACAAGCUGGAGGCGAAGCUGAGCGAGAUGACCGCGGAUUACGCGGAGGAGCACUCCACAUCGACGCUAGCGGCGGAAAGAAUCGAUGCCGAGACUUCGGAGCGACUGCGACUCGAACGAGAGUUGCAGGACGUGACCGAGGCCAAUAAAAAUCUUCAGCAGACGACCGAACGGCUGGAAAUGGAAUUGCUCUACGCGCGGGCUGCAGAUUUAAACGGAGUGGCCUCUGAUGGCGAAGAGGGUGAGGAUGGCGGUGUCUAUAGGCAACGAUACGAGCACGCCAUCCGGGAACUCGAAUUCACGAAGAGGAAAAUGGCACAACAACACGAAGACGAUCUGGAGCAGCUGGUGGGACUGAAAAAGCAAUUGGAGAAGAAGCUGGCUGACGCUUAUGAAGAAGUGGAGGAGCAACGGCAAGUCGUCGGGCAGUGGAAGCGACGAGUGCAGAAACUGAACGGCGAGAUGCACGAUCUCAGAUUACUGUUGGAGGAACAGACCGCCAGGAACAAUCUUCUCGAGAAGAAACAGCGCAAAUUCGAUUCGGAGACUCAAAACUUGAUGAACGACCUCAGGCAAGAGAAAGCACAGCGGGAAAGAUUAGCGCGGGAAAAGGAGAUUGCGAUCGCGGAAAAGUUCACAGUGGAGCAGAAUCUGAGCGAUGCAAGACUGGAGAUUGAGCUGAAAGAAGAGAGGCUUCGCACGCUGACCCAAGAAUUAGAGGAGCUCACUUUCGGCGGCAAAACGGAAGAGGAAGUCGCGCAGCUGAAAAAGGCCAAGCACGAGCUGGAAAAACGCGCGAAGGACCAAGAGGAGGAGCUCGAUGAUCUGGCGGGUCAGGUGCAGCUGCUCGAGCAGGCGAAGCUCAGGCUAGAGAUGAGCAUCGAACAACAACGCAAGGAGAUGCGUAAGGAAAUGCAACAGCGCGACGAGGAGCUAGAAGACGUUCGCGGAAACGCACACAAGAAAGUCAAAGCUCUCGAGUCGCAGUUGGAGAACGAACACGAGGAGAGAACGAUCCUUCUAAGGGAAAAACACGAAUUGGAACGUCGUUUGGUGGCCCUGGAGGAACAAGACCGAGCCGACCGCGCGGCGGAAGCUGAGACCAUGCAGAGGCUGAAGAGAGAUCUGAAGAGAACGAAGGCGUUACUCAGGGAUGCACAAACGAUGCUCGAGAGAUCCAAAGGCGAUUCGACGGGCAAAGCCGCGUUACGUCAAUUGAAGAAUCAAUUGGAGGACGCGGAAUGCGCUCGCGCGGCGGCAAUUAAAGCGAAACAGGCGUUGGAACAGGAACUGAAUGAGACGCAGGCGAGUCUGGAAGAAGCUAUGCGACAACGUUCCGAGGCGGAAGAAAAAGCGAACGCGGCCAAUCGUGAACGCUCAGAGCUGCUGUCUCAAUUAGAAGAGAAUGAAGAAGAGCUUGCUGAGGUUUUAAAGAAAUAUCGAGCCGCCGUGCAACAAGUCUCUGCCGAGCAAGGCCAGCUGCAAGAGGCGCAGGUGCAGAUCGCCGCGCUUGAGGCGGAGAAGUCGUCGCUGAAGGACCAAUUGGCGGAAUUAACGCAGCGACUAGAAUCAGUAGAGCAACUCGGUGAUCCCACAGCGAACAGCCUCGCCACAAGACGCUUGGAGUUCCGAGCCAAGGAACUUGAAAGCAAAUUGGAACUGGAACAAACUACGAGAGCCCGUUUAGAGACGCAAAUAGCACGACUGAAGGAGAGCGUCGACAAGUUACAGACUGAGUCAGCCUUACUCAGAACGAAGGAGCAAACUGCCCAGGACGCGGCAAGACGACUGCAACGAUCCUUGCGCGAUGCGCGUGAUGAGGCUAGCUCGGCGAUUUCGCGCGAGCAGGAGGCUAUGCGUGCUCGUCGCGACAUAGAAAAGUCACUGGAAGCCGCGGAGGGUGAGACCAAGGUUGCCAGAGACGACCUAAGACUGGCGCUUCAGAGGAUCGACGACUUGCAGAGCGCGAUUCAAGGCGAGCUCGAUUUGGAUUGCAGCGAGGAAGCCACCAGCGAGAACAGUGAUAGUGAUUGAUCCGAGCCAUCAUCGGACCUCGAGUCCGAUCACAACGACGAAGGCAUGACUGAACCGGGAUCAAUGGACCAGAUCGCGGAUGGACUUCCGCGCGCCGAGACAUCGAACAAAACGUGAAUCGUACAAUUGGUUGGACCCACCUGUAUUUAACGUAUUGAACGAACGGAAAGUGAUGAGCUAGAAUCAUAGUACGGAGAGAUGAAAGACUGGCGAAGAAGGGUGCGGUAUCAGCUCGCGUUCGGAAAUCAAUUUUCAUUUUAUGCUAAGCGAAGAAUGCUGCCAAGACAGUUCUUUUUCUUAUUGUAAGGAAUAAAAUCAUUACGAAUCGGGCUAGCGCGGAAGCUAGUCGGAGACGAAAUCAAACUUGCGACGUAAAGUUCGUACUGUGGAUUUAAGCUGCGAGGUCACUAAGCUAAUCAACCGUGUGGCCACUCUUUGCGAGCGACGAUAAAAAACUUGUUAGGUGCUAUGUAUAAUUACCAGAAAAUCUCGAUGUCGUGGCCAAGUUUUAUGCACGCCGCGUCUGGUCGCGCAUCCGCGGUGCUAUUAUCGUGUCCGUUUCUUUAGAUCCGUCGGUCGCAACGACGUUGUCCUUUUCCAGUCUUCCACAGGAAUUCGAGCCAUUUUCUCGCGAAUGCGAAUAUCGAUGGGAAUUGCACGAGCAGUGCUGUCGAACGAAAGUCAAAUGAGAGAAAUUAUUAUACGUGCAAGCAUAAACGAACAAACCUUCGUGUUUCCUCUUUAUUUGCAGAGAAACGCAAAUAAAGUAGCAAAUAAAAUAAACGAAUGUUUUGCAAUCGAAGCUUUAUGCCUAUGUUUAACAUCCAGCCAGAAAACUUCAAGUUUUGCAACUCGUACUCGUACUUUUGUUCGACGGACAUGCCUCGCGCGCGUAUUUUCUCACGUGAAAUUAGCUCGAGAGUAAUAUUCUACGUAGGAAAGGACACGCUGCGCUUUUUGUCCAUGCGAUUUAUUGCCUUCAAGGUUCGAUUACGUUUUACAUUUGUAUAAAGAGAACGGUAAAGAGGAAAGGGAAGCAUGACAGGAACGAGGAGUGCGUGCCACGACUCGAAUUGGCGUUUUGGUUUCGUGUAAGAACACUCGUGUAACUUAUUGCUUUGUAAAAUGCAGAUCUCCUAUUUAAUUA